AUGGCACUUGAUUUUUUGUCUGCUCCAGCUUCUUUGGUCGAUGCUGAGUGGGCUUUUUCUGGUGGCCGUCUGCAGGUCAACCACCUCCAGCAUGGUGUUAGUUCACAAACCUUCAGAGCUCAGAUGGCCGUCAGAUCAUGGUACAAGACACCUCUCAUGAAUGAUCUUAGUGCUGUCACAUCAAUCAUGCGGAUGAAGAUG